ACUAAACAGUUAAAUUACGUCGCUGCAGUCGAUAGUUAGUGUUUUGCCUUGUAAUUUUUAAGGAAUGUGAAGUUUUUAAGUUAAAUGUUAGUUUGGAAAUGGCAGCUCCAAUACAUAUCGGCGAACUUCCCUUUUUAAAGAUGGUUUUACAUGCUGCUAAACAUGCAGAGAGUUCUGUCAACGGAAUCCUUUUAAGUGAUCAAAAUCAUGAUUCACAAAUAAUCAUUUCUGACUACAUCCCUCUAUUUCACAGUGCCAUAAAUUUGACACCAAUGCUGGAAACGGCUUUGUAUCAUGUAGACUCACAUUGUACAAAUAAAGGUCUUCAAAUAUGUGGCUAUUUUCAAGCAAAUGAACACGUUAAUUGUAAUACUCCAACAAAUGUUGCACUCAAAAUUGGAGAGAAAUUAGCUGAAAAAUGUGGUAACGUUUGUUUAUUGACUUUCAAAAAUGAUGCUUUACAUCGGUUGACUGGAAAUUACUUCACAGCAUUUUGUAAAUCCGAUUGUAAAUGGAACGAAACAAAGCAAGUUCACUUCAACAAAUGUUAUCUUUACUAAUUCAGGUACACAUUCAACCCAAAUAUCAAUAAAAAGCUUGAAGAAACUCUCUAUUCAAAUAUCCAUCACGAAAUUGUUGAUUUUGAUGAUCAUUUAAAUGAUGUUAAUUGUGAUUUUCUUAAUUCGCAAUUAUCAAAAUUAUUAUGUACAUAAAUUAAUUUUGGAUGCUUUUUAUCAUGAAGCUUUUUUUAAUUCUCCCAAACGACAAUACUAUCUGAUUUUCAUUUUGUUAAUAAAUUUCCAAAUAUACGUAAUAAUUGUUUCCA